UCCACCUCAAUUCGCAUAUCGCCCUCGCGCGCGACCCGUGCUCUUAACCUCCUUCGAACGGUCCAGUUCACGCACCCGCCGUCCUGUCCCUGCCAUUCAAACCCCGCACACCAUCACCAUGGCCCGCAGACUAUCCACCAAGCAAAACGCGCCCUCGCAACGCCUGUCGACAUGUCCCAGCAAAAGGAAUACGCGUUCGAGAUGGCAGCUUCCUCGAUUCGCUUCGGGCCGGGCUGCACAAAGGAAGUCGGCAUGGACUUUAAGAACAUGGGCGCCAAGCGCGUGAUGGUUGUCACGGAUGGCAACGUGCGGAAGCUGGAUGCGAUGAGGCAGGUUGUGGAGGGGCUGGAAAGGGAAGGCGUGCCGUUUGAAAUAUUCGACAAGGUGCGGGUGGAGCCGAAGGAUAGUAGUAUACGGGAGGCCAUUGAAGCUGCGAAACCGUAUCGGCCAGAUGCAUUCUUGGCCGUCGGCGGUGGGAGUGUGAUUGAUACGGCGAAGCUGAUGAACUUGUAUACUACGUUUCCAGAGGCUGAUUUCCUCGACUUCGUCAAUGCCCCCCUGGGCAAAGGCAUGCCUAUUCCAUCCAAGCUCUUCCCUCUGAUUGCCGUCCCGACGACGGCGGGAACUGGCUCUGAGACUACCGGUACCGCCAUCUUCGACCUGGUCUCCAAACGCGCAAAGACUGGCAUCGCCCAUCGCAAUCUGAAGCCUACGCUCGGCGUAGUCGAUCCGCUUAAUACGCGCACUAUGCCCUCCGCUGUGCAUUCAUCUUCCGGCCUCGACGUCCUCUGCCAUUCUUUGGAAUCCUGGACUGCGAUCCCAUUCUACGAGAGGGUACCGCGGCCGACAAAUCCCAUCAACAGGCCGGCGUACCAGGGCGCGAACCCCAUUUCCGACAUCUUCUCCCUGAAAGCCCUCCGCGACACUGUGAAAUACCUCCCCCGCGCAGUCAAAGACCCCGAAGACCACGAGGCGCAGUCACAGAUGCUCCUUGCCGCCACGCUCGCAGGUGUUGGCUUCGGCAACGCAGGCGUCCAUCUCUGCCACGGCAUGUCUUAUCCCAUUUCAGGUCAAAACCCGGGCUACAAGCACCCCGGCUACGAAGUCGAAAACCCCCUCAUCCCGCACGGUGUCAGCGUCGCCGUCACUGCGCCUGCGGUAUUCAAAUUCACCGGCGCGUCAAACCCGGAGCGGCACCUGGCAGCUGCGGAAUGCUUCGGCGUCGAUGUCUCGAACGUGAAGAAGGAGAGCGCGGGAGAGGUGCUGAGCGAGGCAUUAGCGGAGUUUUUGAUCAAGUUGGGUGAUCAGCCACGGGGGCUGAAGGCUCUGGGCUUUGGGAAGGAGCAUGUGGAUCAGCUGGUGGAGGGCACGAUUCCGCAGGCGAGGGUGCUGAUGCUUGCGCCGAGUUUGGAGAUGCAGAACCUCGAGGCGGAGCGGGAGCAGUUGAGGGGGCUGUUUGAGGAGGCGUUGGAAUACUAG